UUCGGAAUUGACUGACUCGAGAUGACCACAUCGUUCGGGUACGAGCUAGACUUCAGUUGGGACCACCCGUGGCCGAGGGCGCCAGUCCCGAAGAACGAAGAGGAGCGCCUUGCCGACCUCGAGGGAUACCAAAUCCUGGACACAGCUCCCGAGGAAAAGUUUAACAAACUGUGCCGUAUCGCGUGCAAGGAGAUGAAGUGCCCGAUCUCGGCCGUGAGCUUCAUCGACAAGUCCAAGCAGUGGUUCAAGGCAAACAGCGGACUUACACAGGCAGCAAUCCCUCGAGAUGUCGCGCUCUGCGCGCACACAAUUAUGAACCCGCGCAACGCCGUUGUCGUCCUGGACACGACGACAGAUGAACGGUUCAAGAACAACCCGCUUGUCACCCGCGCGUCGUCGGUGAAAUUUUAUGCCGCUGUGCCACUUGUGACUGCCCGAGGGACGUGCAUCGGCUCUGUAUUUGUGUUUGACGUAAAGACCCACACCUCGUGCGACACAAAACUCCUCCAAAAAAUCGCUGCCAAGGUAAUGAAGUACCUGGACGAGCGCCUGCGACCGACGGCUGAGCUCUCUCAAUCGGUCGGUCCUCCCACACUCCGCCCCAUUGUCCAGCAGCCACUCGCUCGCUCUGCCUCGACGGAGUACCGCCAACCUGUGCCGGAGCCUCAGCCUCGUGCUCCAUUGCCAGAACCCACUACAGAGAAACUGCCUGUUGCCGCCGAACGACGAUUGUCUGGUGGCAACACGUACAACCCACCCGCACCUAUUUCUCAUCCCGUUGCAGCGAUCCAGCCUCCUCCCCGUGCACAAUUCCAGGAGCCGCAGCGAAGUGUCCCGCCUCCUCCGCGGGCCGAGUCGGCGCUUGUCCCAGCCGCGCCAACCGAGUCCGCGGAGCGCUCUCUGUCGACGAACGCUGUCAACCCCGAAGGCCAAAUGACCAACAUGGGUGCCAUGCUAAUGAACCUGCUCGCCCGAACGACCGAAACGCAACAGCAACUCGCGGCGCAGCAAGGUGUGAUGUUUGAGACCCUUGGCCACCACUCGGAGCAACUCAACUCGCUCUCCGAAACGCUAAGCAACUUGGAGGUUCGCAUCGACAAAACGAUCCGAGCCAAGAGAUAGGAGACACACCGAUAGUGCCAUGGCUAUAUUAUAGAGACAAAUUCACCCGACAGUCGUCGCGGUCUCUGUCGUCCCUCCG